AUGGAGCUUUCAAAUGAUUUAUCAAUCGUUCAUGAGGUAGAUAGUGGUCUUGAAGAAUCGAAAAAGAUUAAUUUAAGAGGACUUAAUCUAAGUGUUAAAAUCAAUUAGAACGAUAAUCAAGAACCUUCAAGCUAUCUUAUUUCAAUGACCUAAGCCAGUAUGAAACGAAACGAUUAAUAUGCUAAAAAAUUACUAGAAAAGAUAGAUAAAAUUGAUAUAGAUAAGUCUGCUUAAGCUUACUUAUGGCUUUCUUAAAAAGGAAUUCUCUCAAAUAUUGGUAAAAUCUCAAUUAUAAAACUUACCCAGAAAUUAGGCUAAAAUAGAGAUGGUGUAUAUUACUUUGUAAUUUAUGGAUAUGCAUAUGAAAAGGAGUAAAAUAAGAAAUUGAUAAUGGAGUCAUUCAUUUAAAUAUCUGAACACUUUGGAGACAUGUAAAUAUUUUAAUGCAUAUCAUUGUUAAACCAUAGUUUUAAAUGGAAGUUGAUAUAUGUGCACAGCAAUGUAGGAGCAUCAAAGAAAGGAGCUCUGCUAAAGUUUAAGUCAAUAUACUAAAAAAUGGAUGAUUAAUAGAGAAAUAAUCUCUAACAAAUUUACAUCGUUUAACCAUCUCUCUAUGUUCAAAGCAGACUCAUAGUUGAUGGCUGUAUCUCAAAAUCUAGUAAGAUGAACCAAAUUUCUACUGAAAGAGCUCCAGUAUUCUUAAUAUAUCAAAUUAUGAUUCAGAACAAAUUAGCAAAGGUAUUUGCUUAAGCCAUGACAUAAUUGAUUUAGAAAUAUUUUUAAGAUAAAAAGAAAAGAAUAAGCAAUCCUGACUUGUUUAUGAAAUUAGAUAAAGAAGAGAAUAUUUAGUUAGACUUACUUGAAACUUAAAUAACUCUAGGGAACUACAGAUAUUUGCAAACAGUAAAUGAUUCUAAGAUUGUAAUGAAUUAUUUGAGAUCUAUACUAAGAUGCAUGGAAGAGCCUCUCUGUACCUAUCAGUUUUUCCCUUUAUUCAAAAAGAUUGGAGAGAAUCUCAAAAAGACCAUGAAUUUUGAUUAAAUCGUAGAACAAAUUAGAAAUUUAUUGCUUUUGAAUGAUGGAUUACUUUAGGAUACUUGGAAAUUUCUAUUAUAGCUUCUCAACGAUAUAUCUUCAACUAGAAAUUUCACAAAGAAAUAUCUAGCACAAAUAUUCUCUGACAUAGUGUUUAAAAGCCCAUAAUUCUGGGCGAGUGAUACAAAUUAAUGGUAAUACUUCUGGGAUUUAUUGGCACUCAUGAUUUCAAAAAUUGAUGUGAUAUUUGAAUUUGAUUAAAGCAUAAAAGGAGUAGAAAUUAUUCAUGAAAAAAUAUAGUCGAAUUCAGGUGAUGUAACAUUAGAGGAGUAUAGUUUAUGGGAUCCAGAUACUCAAGAUAAAUUUAAGGGACUAGUCCUUAGCUCUUGA